CUGGCAACUCUGGCCCUCACACACACUCAGUCGCCCCCCAAAUGUAUCGGAAACAUGCAGCCGAGAUAAAAUAGUGAAAAACUAGUUACCAAACAUAACCGAUCAGUGCGGAUAAUAAGAAUUGGCAAUUCAAAAUUAAAUGGUAAACGAACGUCGGCGCGAUUAAUUAAACUCAACCAUAGGAACGCGGAGAGAGUGGCCAGUGAAAGCCAGAACACUCUCUUUCGUCGGAGCGUCUGUGUGUGUGUGUGUUACGUGUGUGCGUAUGUGUCUGUGUUGACAAAAUACAACAAAUCGCAGCGAAAACAGGAAGUGUACGAACGAUAAAGCAUAAGAUUGCACAUUUCGCAUUAAAAUAGGCGACAAAAACCCGGGGGCGCAUGCAGAUCCACACAUUUCUGGCCCACUCACACUCACACAACGCAGAUCAGGGGGCGUUUUUCUAGAUCAGUGACCAAGUCUUAUAUGGCUUUAUGUUUUGAUGCUGCACUAAAUAUGGGUGAAACAUCACGUCAUUUAUGCCACGCUCCUUCUCCAAAAACAAAGAUCAUGUUGAUUUCACUGCAUUUGAAUAUAUAUAUAUAUAUAUACAAUAGUUAAUGUUCGUGUGCGUCAUUCGCUCAUCAGCUAUAUAGUAUACGAGUGUUGUUAUUGUGGAUCGCUUUCGCAUGUUAAUGCUUUUGUGUGUUAUUUUUUCCAUUCCAUUUUUUUUUUAUCAAAGUUUCGCGCUAUCGCCCAGUCAGCUCAGAAGCAGCCGCUCCCCAACUGAGAGCACAGAGAAACCAGCUCUGGCCACUUGCUCCUCCGGAUCCGGCUCCUGCUCCUGUCCCCGAUCCCCUCCCCCACCCGCCAAAUCCUGAUCCUGCUCCAAAUGACUGACGGCGAACAGCAGGAGGCGCUGGUCAAGCGGGCCGAGGACGAGCGCGAGGACAUCUUCCGGCGCUACGAACUCGGGCUGGAUCCCAGCAAUGUGGUGGACUCCUGGGAGAAUCCCACCUUCGAGAUCUACCACAGGACAGACAAAUAUGGCUUCUUGCACGACUCGCGGCUGCCGUCGACGCGUGAUGCCCAGGAGGUGCAUCGCAACAAGAUUGAAAUGGAGCGGGACAAAAAGUGGAUGAAGAUGCUAAAUCAGUGGCCGCCGCCCCAGGAUAAGCUGCACAAGCGCGUCUACAAGGGCAUACCGGAUCGCGUGCGUAUGGUGGCCUGGAAUAAGCUGCUCGACAUCCAGCAAUCGAUAAACAACAAUGCUGGCGUCUACCUCCGAAUGCUGCAGCUGGCCAGGAAGUACUCCACGGAGACGCGACAAAUCGAUGCCGAUGUGAAUCGUCAGUUUCGCGACAAUCUUGCCUUUCGCGAGCGCUACAGCGUAAAGCAGUGCUCGCUAUUCAAUGUGCUCAACGCCUAUAGCAUCUACAACUCGGAGCUGGGCUACUGCCAGGGCAUGGCCUGUGUGGCUGGCGUGCUGUUGCUUUAUUUGCACGAGGAGGAGGCUUUUUGGGCAUUAAAUACCCUGAUAACAGACCAAAAAUACGGCAUGCACGGGCUGUUUAUCGAGGGAUUCCCGAAGCUGACGCGAUUCAUCGAUCACCACGACCGCAUCAUGUCGAAAAUAAUGCGAAAACUACACAAGCACUUUACCAAACACAACGUUGACGCCCUGCUGUACGCUAUUAAGUGGUUCUUUGUCGUCUUCGUGGAACGCGUUCCUUUUAGUUUGAGUCUGCGCGUGUGGGAUAUAUUCAUGUUAGACGGCGAUCGCGUCAUACUGUCCAUGGCCAUCACCAUUCUGUACCUUCACAAAGACGAACUAUUGCGCCUGAAGGACAUGGACGCCAUCAUUGAGUACUUGCAAGUACGGCUGCACAAGAACUUUGGCUACAGCGACGAUGAUGCCAUUCAGGCUCUGGAACGCGUGAUGAAGAAGCUGAAGGACCUCAAGUUGGAUGUGCCGCCGCCAGCCAAGUCAAACGAGUUCCCCACCCGCAAACUAGGUGACUUCGUGGAGGCGGAUAUGGAGAAGAAGAUCGGGCGCAGACGCAAUGAUUAUACAGACGCGGAGAAGCAAGUCAUAACAGAUGUGAUAUCAAGACAAGAACAAAACGCGAUCGACGUUCAGUCCACAGUGUCCUACGAGACUUCGGAGUGCGCAACGGGUGAGUCAUGCGUCACACACAAGUCCUUACACUGUUUAUCUACUAAUCCUAAUGCUUGCUUUAAACAAUCCACUUACCCCACUUGCUGACUGUAACUAUAAUCUGCAAUAAUAAUUGAAAAUUUAUUUCUUAUUUUGUAUUGUGUGGUGCAAGUUUAUCACAAAUUGUAUGUAUAUAUAUCAUGUAUGUAUGUAUAUGUAAACCGAAACACGAGCAGUUCCUCAAAUCGAACUUGAAUUGGUGUUGCCCUAGACUUAAUCCUAUGUACAAAGUCCUGUUUAGUUCUAGACUAUGAUAUAUGGCAUAUGUAUUAUGUUUGAUUUGAGUAGCGAUGUAUAGUUUUCCUUUUGAGUAUACGUUAAGAUCGUAGCCACUUUCAGCGAGUCAUCGUUGGCAGUCCAACCCAAAUGCGUCACCAUCUCGCUGGCCGAAGCAUUAAACUAAUUGAAUAAUAUGCUAAUAUUGACCUUUUGCACGUUGGAGGGAACUAAGAAGGGAAUUCCUAUUCCUAUUUGUGUAAUUUGAUGGAUGGCUCGAAACAGUGGGACGAGUUUAAGUGGUUCUGGAUGGAGUACCAAGUUUUAGACGUAGCGGAUCUAAUGGGCACUAAUUCUAACUGUAUAUGUAAAUUAUUAGCAUUUAAGGGCCAAAUAACCAAGGCAGCCACAAAAACCAGUUCAUGCUUAUUAAAUACGCCCCUCGACGUUCAUGUUAUCGGAUGAUCCAUUUUGUAACCAUUGUCUAACAUUGUCCGCUGCGUGUACAUAUAUAUCCGUUUCGAUCACAAGCCACCGCUUCUGCGUCUUGCCGGCAAUCGGAGCUGC